AUGUCUACAACAGCCAGCUCAAACGGAAUGGUCACGGCGCAGAUGACGACCCAGGUGGUGCUCGGCUCGAUGGAGCGGGCGGAGGAGUACCAGCGGGUACUGACGCAGCUCAAGGAAGGGGCGGGGGCGCAGGGGAAGGUGCAGGGAGAGAUGAUUGAUCGUGUGCUUGAUAAUGCAACAUCACUGCCGUCUGCUCCCCUUACGAUCCAUACGAUCCUUCCUCUUCCCCUUCCCUCGCAGCUCCUCUCCAUCAUCCCACCCUCGACCCAGCUCUUCAUCCACCUGCCACCCUCCGCAUCUCCCCAGCUCGUCACGCUCCUCCACUCCACUCUCUCCUCCGCGAACUUCGCACCCCUCCUCCCGACCCCUUCACCCGACAUUGUCGGCUACACCUCUCCAUCCACGUCCAUCCCCCCUCCCGCCGCGCCAUCCAGCUCCAGCUCCAGCUCCACCUCCGCGAUCCGCCCUCUCGCCCUCAAGCGCGCCUCGAACCGGGAGAAGAAGUCGGCCAUAUGGGCCCUCGAAUCUCCACUCCUGCCGGACGGCGGUCAUUCCCUGCUCACGCCCGAAGACCGCUCCCGCCCCGAAUGCAUCUUCCCCGCAUCGGACGGCAAGCCCGUCAAGCGCCGCAGGGCAUGCAAGGACUGUACCUGCGGUCUGAAGGAAUUGGAGGAUGGCGAGGAGGCCCAAUCGGCACAGGCGGUGCAGGAGGCCCAGAGAUUCUUUUUGGAGGGGGACGACGAUAUCCCGAGUCAUAUGCUCCAAGCGACAGAUGGGGUCGAGGGUGUAUGGCCAGAGGAGAAGAGAGGGGAGGCGAAGAAGACGAGUAGUUGCGGGAGCUGUUAUUUGGGCGAUGCGUUCAGGUGUACCAGCUGUCCUUAUCUGGGUAUGCCGCCGUUCAAGCCUGGAGAGAAGGUUCAGCUGUCGAUCGGUGACGACAUCUGA